AUGCCUCUGAUGAUGUCGGAGGAAGGCUUUGAGAAUGAUGAGAGCGACUACCAGACGCUGCCCCGGGCCAGAGUCAACCAUAGACACAGAGGCCUCGGGUGGUUUCUCUGCGGAGGGUGGAAAGUCCUCUGUGGCAGCUGCUGCGACUGCCUGGCUCAUGUAUUUCGGAGAAGGAAGGAGCUGAAGGCCCGGACGGUUUGGCUCGGCUGUCCGGAGAAAUGUGAAGAGAAGUUUCCCAAAAACGGCAUCAAAAACCAGAAGUACAACAUCUUCACCUUUGUGCCUGGGGUUCUGUACCAGCAGUUCAAGUUCUUUCUCAAUCUCUACUUCCUGGUGGUGGCCUGUUCCCAGUUUGUGCCAUCACUGAAGAUUGGAUAUUUGUACACGUACUGGGCACCUCUGGGGUUUGUGUUAGCCGUCACAGUGGUGCGAGAGGCCGUGGAUGAAGUGCGACGUUACCAGCGGGACAAAGAGAUGAACUCCCAACUGUACAGCAAGCUCACAGUGAGAGGUAAAAUUCAAGUGAAGAGUUCAGACAUACAAGUUGGAGACCUGAUCAUCGUUGAGAAGAACCAGAGGAUUCCUGCAGACAUGAUAUUCCUGAGAACGUCAGAGAAAACUGGUGCGUGUUUCAUCAGAACAGAUCAGCUGGACGGAGAAACGGACUGGAAACUGAAAGUUGCUGUUGGCUGCACACAGCGACUUCCAGCAGUGGGGGACCUCUUCUCCAUCAGUGCCUACGUCUACGCCCAGAAGCCUCAGCUGGACAUCCACAGUUUCGAGGGGAACUUCACCAGGGAGGACACAGACCCACAGAUCCACGAGAGUCUGAGCAUUGAAAACACUCUCUGGGCGAGCACAGUUGUUGCAUCUGGCACGGUGAUCGGGGUGGUGAUCUACACAGGCAAGGAGACCAGAAGCGUCCUGAACACGUCCUACGCCAAGAACAAGGUCGGCCUUCUGGAUCUGGAGCUGAACCGCCUCACCAAGGCCCUGUUCCUGGCCCAGGUGGUUCUUUCUGUUGUCAUGGUAGCACUGCAGGGGUUUGUGGGUCCGUGGUUCCGCAACCUUUUCCGAUUCAUCGUGCUUUUCUCUUACAUCAUCCCCAUCAGCUUACGUGUCAAUCUGGAUAUGGGGAAGUCGGCGUACGGCUGGAUGAUCAUGAAAGAUGAAAACAUCCCCGGCACAGUAGUGAGAACCAGCACCAUCCCUGAAGAACUUGGCCGGUUGGUCUACCUGCUGACAGACAAGACAGGCACUCUGACACAGAAUGAAAUGAUCUUCAAGCGGCUUCACCUGGGAACAGUUUCCUAUGGCACUGACACCAUGGAUGAGAUACAGAACCACAUAGUCCAGUCAUAUGCACAGGUGACUUCCCAGUCUUCCAACAGCAGCGCCAACAGCGCGACUCCAUCGAGGAAGACCCAGGCGUCCGGCCCGAAAGUUCGUAAGAGUGUCAGCAGUCGCAUCCACGAGGCGGUGAAGGCCAUCGCUUUGUGCCACAAUGUCACCCCAGUCUACGAGUCGCACGUCAGCGUCAACGGAGAGACGGAGUCCGCUGAGGCCGAUCAGGACUUCAGCGACGAUAACCGCACCUACCAGGCCUCCAGCCCCGACGAGGUGGCGCUGGUGCGGUGGACGGAGAGCGUUGGCCUGACCCUGGUGAACAGAGACCUGACCUCCCUGCAGCUGAAGACUCCUUCAGGACAGAUCCUCUCCUUCCACAUCCUGCAGAUCUUCCCCUUCACCUCCGAGAGCAAGAGGAUGGGCAUCAUCGUCAGGGAGGAGUCGACAGGAGACAUCACUUUCUACAUGAAGGGAGCUGAUGUUGCCAUGGCGAGCAUCGUCCAAUACAACGACUGGUUGGAGGAAGAGUGUGGGAACAUGGCCAGAGAAGGUCUGAGGACGCUGGUGGUGGCCAAGAAGUCUCUGUCUGAGGAGCAGUAUCAGGACUUCGAGAAUCGCUACAACCAGGCAAAGCUGAGCAUCCAUGACCGAGCCCUGAAGGUUGCAGCAGUGGUGGAGAGUCUGGAGAGGGAGAUGGAGCUUCUGUGUCUGACCGGUGUAGAAGACCAGCUCCAAGCAGAUGUCAGACCAACACUGGAGCUGCUCAGGAACGCUGGCAUCAAGAUUUGGAUGUUGACGGGGGACAAGCUCGAGACAGCUACGUGCAUCGCCAAAAGCUCCCAUUUGGUCUCCAGAAACCAGGACAUCCACGUCUUCAGACCGGUCUCAAACAGAGGAGAGGCCCAUCUGGAGCUCAACGCCUUCAGAAGGAAACAUGACUGUGCUCUGGUCAUCUCUGGAGACUCCUUAGAGGUGUGUUUGAGGUAUUAUGAGCACGAGUUUGUGGAGCUGGCGUGUCAGUGUCCAGCAGUGGUCUGCUGUCGCUGCUCCCCAACUCAGAAGGCCCAUAUCGUCACACUCCUGCAGCAGCACACGGCCAACAGAACCUGUGCCAUAGGUGAUGGAGGAAAUGAUGUCAGUAUGAUCCAGGCUGCUCACUGUGGUAUAGGAAUCGAAGGAAAGGAAGGGAAACAAGCGUCUCUGGCCGCAGAUUUCUCCAUCACUCAGUUUAAACACAUCGGCCGUUUGCUCAUGGUUCAUGGGAGGAACAGCUACAAACGCUCUGCAGCGCUGGGUCAGUUCGUCAUGCACAGAGGCAUGAUCAUCUCCACCAUGCAGGCCGUCUUCUCCUCCAUAUUCUUCUUCGCCUCCGUGCCGUUGUACCAGGGAUUCCUCAUGGUCGGGUAUGCAACCAUCUACACCAUGUUUCCAGUGUUCUCCCUGGUUCUGGACCAAGAUGUGAAGCCAGAGAUGGCUCUGCUCUACCCAGAGCUUUACAAAGACCUCACCAAGGGUCGCUCGUUAUCUUUCAAGACUUUCCUCAUUUGGGUUUUGAUCAGUGUUUAUCAAGGUGGCAUCCUCAUGUACGGCGCGAUGCUGCUGUUUGAGUCUGAGUUCGUGCACGUGGUCGCCAUCUCCUUCACGGCGCUCAUCCUGACCGAGCUGCUGAUGGUGGCUCUGACGAUUCGCACCUGGCACUGGCUCAUGGUCGUGGCCGAGUUCUUCAGCCUCGGCUGCUACCUCGCCUCGCUCGCCUUCCUCAAUGAGUACUUUGACUUGUCGUUCAUCACGACUUGGCCUUUCCUGUGGAAGGUGUCCGCCAUCACGCUGGUCAGCUGUCUUCCUCUUUACAUCAUCAAAUACCUGAAGCGCAAGUUUUCACCACCGAGCUACUCCAAACUGUCCUCGUGAGCUACACUGGACUACCUGUGUUUGUUUUGUAGUUCUGUGCUUCUCUGAUAUUUCUAUCUUCAGCACUUUUUUUUACUCACUGAUCCUCAGUGAUGGACCCACCGAGGUCGAGGAACCACUGGAACAAUCAAGAAUGGAGAGAAAUGAAAUAAUCAUUCUUUGGAUUAAUUUCACUGAGACUUGGGAUUACUUGAAAACACAGAGCACAUAGUAAAAGACUACAAAUAUGACUGCACUCAGAAGGCUUGGAACACUUGACCCUGUUUUGUCAGAGAGGGUCGACCUGCCUUCUUCAAACACAUCAGCUUCAAAUGUCAUUUUCUACAGUUCUGAUGCUUUUCUGUCAAAAUUUUUUAUAUGUGGAGUUCAGAUUUUUUUAAGUGUUAUUUUAUAUUCCAGGUAUUACUUGCAGUUUCUGGCCUGCGUCCUCGAACAGUAUUGAGUUGCUGUUAGGGAUUUAAAAAAAAAAAAAGAUCAUUUACUUUAAUGUUAUUGUAGAUAAAGCCUUUACUACUGCAGUCAAUGUAAACCUCACUGCAUUUAACUCCUGUACAAAUGUGCAUUAACCAAAAAAUAAGGUCAUCUACAACGACAUUCAGAGAGAAGAUAAUGAGCAGCUUCAAACUGAACUCAUGUGCAUUUGCUGCUGUUUGUCCUCUGCAUUUUUAAGACGGUGAAUGACAUCAUCAGGCUCUCAUCUCCGUAGUAUAAAAACCAGCACUCCAAAGCAACAUUAAUUGUUGUAUUGUCUGCAUAUUUGGCCUUGAUUAUGUCUCGUCGGUGGCCACCAGUCCUCCUGCUGGGACGUGGCAGCUCUGCUUUGUGCCUCAUUAUGAUGUAUGUUAAUGUGCUGAAGCGUCGCAGCGUCGGAUGUUCCAACAAUCAGUCUGAGAUUUUGGUUUGUCACUCGUCGGGUCUGAUUUGCCUCUGUUCUCUGACAUUUUUCUGAUGGUGAAACUACUUUAAAAGUCACAGUGAAAGCAACUGAAACACACUGAUGGCUGUUAUUUUUAGGCCUUUAUUGACGAUACGACUCCCCCGGGCGUUGGCGUGACUUUGGCCUGUGGUGGAGGUCGACAUUCAGCUCUUUUUUUGAGGGGGAAUGAGUUUUAUCAUUCACUCCGUGUCUCUCUAAUUAAAUAUUUGUAGUUUAGCUAUGUUUAUUAGUCAGGUUGUCAUUUUCUUCUGAAUCAUAAUUGAGUUUAACUCAGGUUGAUCAUUCCUAAACAGUUGUAUUAUUUUGAUUUUAUUCUGACAACCAUUCUGUA